CACCUUCUCACUUUGUACUCACACUUCAUCCUCUCGGAUCACCUCGAGAACCUUUAGACGACCUCAAUCUCUCUGACCAGCUUGCGAGCGACGAUUCCGCAGUGUCCUGUUCUUCCUCCUUCCGAUCCCGCUCAGUCAUCCCGGUCCUCAACCCCCACCCUUCCCUUCCUCCGCCCUAAACCUGCCCCGCCACCGCCACCGCUCGCUUCCACCAUCAUCUUUCACCCCCACUUCUGGCGUACGAGGCUCUUUCAGAUUCCAGCUCCAUUGCUUCUGAUUGUCCCGGAGACUACAUCCGACUUGCUCAAUAUCGCUUUGACAUCAUCGAUUCCGUUUUUGCCGCUCGUGCGACCCAGUCAAGAUGUCUUCUGACGGUGAAGACUACUAUUACGAGGACGACUACGAUGAAGGGAGUAUGGAUCAAGACAGUCCGGUAUCAGAAGGGAUGUCAGAGCCGGACAUAGUGUACGAUGUCAUGAGUCCUACAGCCGAUGAACCAGCUCCAAAGAAACCUUACGACGUCUCUUACAAAGUACGCACUCUUCAAGAGAUCAUAAACAUGCAGAGCAAGGAAGUCCGGAAGAUACAGACGUUGUUAGAGAUGCCCGCAUCCACAGCUACUAUACUUCUUCGACACUACCAAUGGAACUCGGAAAAGCUACAAGAGCAGUUCUGGAAUGACCCGGCUGCGGCUCUCCUUUCUGCCGGUUUGUCACCUCCAGUCUCACCCAGUACCAGAACAGCUCCACAGCCUUCUGGACCGUUCGAAUGCCCCGUCUGUUGCAUGGAGUUUGCCAAAGAAGACGUGGUCAAAGAAACUUUUGCUUUGGGGUGUAGGCACCGAUUUUGCCGAGGAUGCUGGGCAGAGUAUCUGACUGGUAAGAUCCGGUCAGAGGGGGAGAGUUCUAGGAUACAGUGUAUGGAAAGUGGUUGCGAGAGGAUCGUGAGGGAAGAGAUCAUCGAUGAGUUGGUUCCAGCUGCUGACGAAGACAGGUAUCACAAUCUUCUCAACAUGGCCUUUGUGGCUGACGCUCCAAACCUCCGUUGGUGCCCUCAUCCAGACUGUGAAUAUAUCAUCGAGUGUACCCAAGCCCCUCCGCGGAUGCUCAACCAAUUAGUGCCCACUGUCGAAUGUAAUUGCGGUCGUCAAUUAUGUUUUGGUUGCGGAUACCUCAGCAGUCAUCGACCAGUGUUGUGUAAAAUUGUCAGACUAUGGGAGAGGAAAUGCGCCGAUGAUUCGGAGACUGCCAAUUGGUUACAAGCAAACACGAAAGAGUGUUCAAAGUGUCAAAGUACCAUUGAAAAGAAUGGAGGGUGCAACCAUAUGACGUGCAAGAAAUGCAAAUACGAAUUCUGCUGGGUCUGUAUGGGUCCAUGGAGCGAACACGGCACGAGUUGGUAUCAAUGCAAUCGAUUUGAUGAGAAGAGUGGCGUCAACGCUCGGGAUGCUCAGGCUAAAUCACGAGCUUCUUUGGAACGUUAUCUACAUUAUUUCAAUCGAUGGGCAAAUCACGAACACUCUGCCAAACUUGAUGCAGAGUUUUACAAGAAUACAGAGAAGAAAAUGGAACAAAUGCAGAACUCUGGAAAUUUGAGUUGGAUAGAAGUGCAGUUUGCAAAACAGGCUGUAGAGACGGUGAUCAAAGCUCGUAUCACACUCAAAUGGUCAUACUGUAUGGCAUUUUACUUGAAACGCAAUAACAUGACCGAACUCUUCGAGGACAAUCAACGCGAUCUUGAACGAGCAGUAGAGAAUCUGGGGUUCGCCCUGGAACAGAACAUUGAGCCGGAUUCCAUCGCUCAGCUCAGACAAGACAUAACGAAUCAAACCGCAUACGUUCAAAAGCGACAUGAGAUACUUAUGGACGACACACUCAAGGGAUAUCUAGAGCGUCGAUGGGACUUCUCCGUAGACAUCUGAUUCCCAAAUCAUCCUGUAGCACUAGGUCCCGGAAGAAUGCAUCUAAUUCGUUCUUCUCACCGAAUGACAUGAGUGGGUGGUGGUACAACAUAUUAGGUCAAGUCACAACAUGGCCAAAGGGUCUGUACAUUAGCUCCUGCUUGUUGCAUUCUUCUCCUGCAUGUUUCCUAAACCUGGCAAAGUCAUAUGGAGCGCAUUGUGGGGUUCAGAAUAUUCAGCGACGCCAAGGGGGAAUUGAACAAAAUUAACAACAUGAAUGGGGAAAUGAGU